AUGAGCCGCCGUGACCGCGACCCCGGCGUGCCGGGGCGGCUGGCGGCGGCGGCGGCAGCGCGGGGCGCGGAGCGGGAGGAGCUGGCGGCACUCAACGAUCGUUUCGCCGCUUUCCUGGAGCGGGUCCGGGCGCUGGAACGGCAGAACGAGACCCUCCGUGCCGCCCUGGGCCGCGCCACCGCCGCCACCGGGCCCCGCACCGGGCUGGUGCAGGGGGAGCUGCGGGGGCUCCGGGAGCGGCUGCAGCGCCUCGGCCGCGACCGGGACCGGCUCCAGGCGGAGCGGGACGGGCUCGCCACCGACCUGGCGGCCCUGCGGCAGCGGCUGGAGGACGAGACGCAGAAGCGCGAAGAUGCCGAGAAGAGCCUGGUGCUGUUCCGCAAGGACGUGGACCACGCCACGCUGUCUCGCCUGGAGCUGGAGCGCAAGGUGGAGCUGCUGAUGGACGAGAUCGGCUUCCUCAAGAAGCUGCACGAGGAGGAGCUGCGGGACCUGGAGGGGAGCGCCCCGAGCCCGGCGGGGCUGGCCGAGGUGGAGGUCUGUAAGCCGGAGCUGACGGCAGCGCUGCGGGAGAUCCGCACCCAGUACGAGAGCAUCGCCGUCAAAAACCUGCAGGAAGCCGAGGAGUGGUACAAAUCAAAGUUUGCCGACCUCUCGGAUGCGGCAAACCGGAACCACGAGGCGCUGCGGCUGGCCAAGCAGGAGAUGAACGAGUCCCGGCGGCAGAUCCAGAGCCUGACCUGCGAGGUGGACGGGCUGAAGGGCGUGAACGAGGCGCUGCAGCGGCAGAUGCGGGAGAUGGAGGAUGAGUUCGGGGAGGAGAUCGGGAACUACCAGGAUGUGGUGGGGAGGCUGGAGCAGGAGAUCCAGCAGAUGAAGGAGGAGAUGGCGCGGCACCUGCGCGAGUACCAGGACCUGCUGAACGUCAAGAUGGCCCUGGACAUCGAGAUUGCCACGUACCGCAAGCUGCUGGAGGGCGAGGAGAGCCGGAUCACCAUCCCCCUGCAGCCCACCACCUCCUUCAGCAUGAGAAGCUCAGUGCUGGAGCCACAACCUGCUGAGAGCUCGGCUCGGAGGAUGGUGCUCAUCAAAACCAUCGAGACACGGGAUGGGCAGCAAGUGGUGACGGAGUCGCACAAGGAGCGAGCGGGGAAGUGACAGAGAGGAGCUGCUGCCAUGGCCCCGAGCCCACGGAGGGGGUUUUGUCAGACCCUGCUGCGUCCUGGCGGGGCAUGGAGCAAAGCCGGGGGGCUGGGAGUGCCCCAAUUCCUACUCCUGCUGUCAGCACCACGGGACGACGCUGUGGUGUGUCCCUGUGCCUUUGCAGUGUGUCCCUGUGCCUUGUCCCCGCACUAUUUAUUGCUAUUUAUUGUCUAUUUAUUAUCCUCCCAACCACAUUCCCAGCUGUAUUUAAUAUCGAGUGUUCCCCACGCUGCCCUGGAGCCGGGGGCGUCCCGGCUUCCCUCCUGCCACCAGAGCUGGCACCGGCUGCCCCCAAGUGCUGUCCCCUCUGGUGUCACUGCCCUGGGGAGUGGGAAAAGGGAGGCAGUGGGGCUGAGGGGGGAUUUGCGUGCCCAGGGCCCCUCUCCAUCACCACCACUCCCAUUUUGGGGGGGGUCUCACCUCUCCUCCCAAAACCUCCUCUGGUGUCACCACCUCGGGGAGGGACGCAGGGAGGAGCCGGAACCCCGCUCCCUCCCGGGACCCCGCGGCUUCCAGAGGACCCGGAGCGCUCCAGGCUCACGGAGUGUCCGGUGGGAGCGGGAUCGGUGCUCCCGGAUCGGGAUCGGUGCUCCCGAACCGCCGCGGGACCGGAGCGCUCAUUCCUCCCCGGCUCCGCCAGGGGGCGCCACCGGCCCGGCCCGAUCGCUGCCGCGCCUUAAUUACGUAUUAAUUGCGUAUAAUUACAGGUUAAUUACAGCGUGAUGAGGCACUGGAAGUGCGGGGAAACACCCUGAUUUCUAUAAUUACGUUAAUCCAAGCUUUUUUUUUUUUUUUUUUUUUUUUUUUUCAUGAUUACUUGCGUUACUUCAAGCAAAUUAUGCAAAAUUGCGUCCAUGCAAAAUUUGCGUGUUAGUUUUGCUAUUUUCAGCAAUUUUUGCACUGUUUCAUGAUUUUCAGCACUUUUCGCAUCACUGAUUGAAUUGUUUAAAGCAAAUUUUGCACAACUGUGUUAUUUAAACAAAUCUUGCACACAUAGUUGCAUUAUUUAAGCAAAUGUUGCACUAUUGCAUUUUCAGUAUUUUUUUUGCAUCAAUUGGGUUAAGUUUUUGCAUUAUUGUGUUAUAGCAAAUUUUUAAAAAUUGCAUAAUUUAAUGGCAUUUUGGCGUCAUUAAUUUCAUUAUUUUAUGCAAUUUUCUCACCAAUAAUUACAUUAACAAAAUAAUAUAAAAUCGCAUUAUUUUAAGCUUUUUUUUUUUUUUUUUCCUGAUUAAUUAUGUUGCCUUAGCUCAU